GGAAGCCCUGAAGGGUCAAAAGGAAUACAAAAGCAAAGGCUAUUUUCUGCUUUCUCCCUUUUUUCCUUCUUUUUAUUUUCUUUUUUCUCCCUCCCUCCCUCUCUCUCUUUUUAUUUUUUAAAGCGAGAGCGGCCUUUGCGGCGGCAGUUUGGGGUGGGCGCCGACGAGGUGAGGGACUCUCGAUCCCGCACUCUGGCCUGUCACUUCCCUGCUCUACAGACUGGACUCGAUAUUUAAGUCCAGGUAAUCUGAGUACCUGAGAUUCUCCAUCUGAAUCUACUUGGAAGCAAGGGCAGACUGUUACAUUAUGGAUGGAGGGGAUGAUGGUAACCUUGUCAUCAAAAAAAGAUUUGUGUCUGAGGCAGAACUAGAUGAACGGCGCAAAAGGAGGCAAGAAGAAUGGGAGAAGGUUCGAAAACCUGAAGAUCCAGAAGAAUGUCCAGAAGAGGUAUAUGAUCCUCGGUCUUUGUAUGAACGACUACAGGAGCAGAAAGACAGGAAGCAGCAGGAGUAUGAGGAGCAGUUCAAAUUCAAAAACAUGGUAAGAGGCUUAGAUGAAGAUGAGACCAACUUCCUUGAUGAGGUUUCUCGGCAGCAGGAGCUAAUAGAAAAACAGCGAAGAGAAGAAGAACUAAAAGAACUGAAGGAAUACAGAAGUAAUCUCAACAAGGUUGGCAUUUCUGCAGAAAACAAGAAGGAAGUGGAGAAGAAACUGACUGUGAAACCCAUAGAAACCAAGAACAAGUUCUCCCAGGCAAAGCUGUUGGCAGGAGCCGUGAAGCACAAGAGCUCAGACAGUGGCAACAGUGUGAAAAGAUUGAAACCGGACCCUGACCCAGAUGAAAAGAACCAAGAGGCGCCAUCCUGCAUGUCCCUCGGAAGCACUUCUCUGAGCAGCCCCUCCAUCCAUUGCCCCUCGGCUGCUGUCUGCAUUGGCAUCCUCCCAGGUUUGGGCGCCUAUUCUGGGAGCAGCGACUCUGAGUCGAGCUCAGACAGUGAGGGCACCAUCAAUGCCACUGGCAAGAUUGUCUCCUCCAUCUUCCGAACCAACACUUUCCUCGAGGCACCCUAGCUCCUGGCCUUUCCACAUGGGGCUCCUCAGAGGGGUCGGAUGGUCCAUUCUGCCUCCAGGCAUUACCACCCUGAAAGAACUCCUUCGCCUGUUUCCUGUGCACACCGUGACAUUUUUAACC